AUGAGGGAGGAGCGAGAGCGGGGUGGGAACCCCGGGCAGGGGCGAUCUCGGAUCGCGUUAAGCAUAGCGAAGGACCUCAGGAUUUGGAAUCGGGAGGAGUACGUUCGGAUGGAACGGGAUUUGUUCAGUGUCUUUGUGGACAGUUUACCAGCGUAUAUCUCGAAAUGGGAGUUGUUUGGUUUAUUCUCUUGGACGGGACGAAUCAACGACAUAUACCUCUCAAGGAAGACGAGAAAUGGGAUGAUCUACCUGUUUGCAUUCAUACGGUAUACUACAAAGGGAGGAGCGCUGAAGGCAAUUGUGGAGAUGAAUCACAUGCAGUUAAGGGGAAAAGAGCUGUUUGUAGGGGAGGCAAAGUAUGGAGGGAUGCUUCUAAGGACGAAGAGCGACAGAUGUGGUGGUGGCAGAGGGAAGGCCACAGCACCGCCAAGCCGAGGUCAUUGA